AUGGGAUCGGGUGGGAGCAAAGCGACGGCGUCUUCAUUUUCUUCUUCAACGUCGUCGUUUGGUGGCAAUGGUCGGAGGCGUCGAUCCAAAUCUAAAUUCAGCAGAGUGCUCAAGUCGUCUUGUCUGGGAACCACAUCUCGAUCCCACGACAGCGACAAUGACGACAAGGUAUGUGAUCAUCAGAACAAAGAAACUAGAAAUAAUGCUCCAUGUGCAAGUUUGAAUGACACAGAGCCAGAUGAUGCAAAGGUUGAGUGUUUCAGAAAGGUUAACGUUGAACAACCUGAUGAAAUUCCGUGUAUAUCUUCAAAUGUUCAGCUCAAUGAAUGGGGUCAGGCUAGUAUCACUGAUACUGCCUCCAGAGCUGGUAGCAGCUCUGCCCAAGCUGCUGCUCCAUCUUUGAACCCUUCAAGUCGUUUCCUUUCUCGUUUUAGUUUCAUUCCAGGUAAUGUAAGCUUCAGAUUAAGUCGGGCAACCAGUUUAGGGUCAUCCAAUCCUCUAUCUCCAACAAGUCUCACAAUACCGAACAAUGAAGAUGAACUUCAUCUGCAUUCAAGACCUGCUAGAAGUUUUGUAAAUAGAGAUGAAAGCCAAGAAGCCAGUGACCUUCCACAGUCACAGAUGAAUAGGAGCGCAACACAUUUUUAUGAAGAGACAUCUGACAAUAUAGGAUUAAAUACUCCGGGAUGUGGUUUUUCUGACAACUUGCAAGAUAACCAGACAAAUUCUUCAAGACACGAUGUUGGUAGAAAUGCUAACGGUACAAUAAUUGGGGUUGGUGUAAACUUGUGUUCUCCGAGAAAUCAUAAUGAAACAGGGAGCAACAGAACUAGACCUUCUGAAAGACGCCCAGGUGCUCGGGAACCUGUUGAACGGAAUGUUCGUUUCAGUAGAACUUUAAGUGUUGGAAGACUUCGUGACAGGGUACUUCGUCGAUCAUCAUUAUCUGAUUUAACAUUUUCUUCUUUGCAACAAGAAGGAGAAGUGAGAGAUACAAAUCAAGGCGAUGAUACAAGAACAAUGGCACCUGAAGGCAAUGCUGUAAAUUUCGAAAAUGGGUCUGGUUAUCCUCCAUCCAAUAUGUCUAGUUCAUUGUUUAGCAUCCAAGACUAUGAGGUGGAAACAUCAAGACCAAGAGAAGCUAGAUAUCAUGAUCUACUUGAACACAGAUCAAAUUUCCUAGAGCGGAGGAGAAGAAUACGAUCUCAGGUUCGUGCACUUCAGAGAUUAGGGAGCCGCUUUGAAAAUGUGUCUGGACAUGAGAGAUCUUGUAUCUUAUCUGGUCAACAGCGAACGGGUCGUUGUACAUGUCGUAUGAGUAGCCGAGAUGCCCGUCCAAAUGAUGACAAUAGUGCUAGGGCUAGCAUAUCAAGAAUAGUUAUGUUAGCUGAGGCUUUGUUUGAGGUUCUGGAUGAAAUUCACCAGCAAUCUGUGGUUUUAUCCUCUCGACCUUCUGUAUCGUCAAUUGGAUCUGUUCCCGCUCCCACUGAAGUUGUGGAAUCUUUGCCUGUCAAAUUGUUUUCCAAGUUGCAAAAGCAUCAGUAUGAGGAGGCUGCACAAUGCUACAUAUGCCUUGUGGAGUACGAAGAAGGAGACAUAAUGCGAAAGGAAAGUACUGGUGGUGAGUAUCAGCAAGGACUUGGUUAUGACAUCAUUUUCACUGCUGGGAAUUCUCAGCAUGCACAAGCUCUAUCAUCUAUAGCAAACUGGCAACAGCUAUAA